CAGUCCGCGUAUUGACGCCGCCGUGUCGCGCGUAUUAAAUAUCAUCCCUUCGUUAAAAUACGACUUUAACAUAUCUAAAUAUCAAUUGUGUGUGUGCUUGUGACGGUUUGUGUUGUUCCGUGACUGUUCAGUGCAGUUGGAUUCAGAAAGGAGUGGACUGAAUCGGAUUUUUCUGGUUCGAACUGGUUCGCUCCAGCCAAAGGAAUAACUCAGAAAGAGCGUGUUCCGAAUCAAGUAUGGGCGGAGAUGGCAUGUGGUAGCGGCGCUAUGGGUGCGCGGGUGGCGCCGGUGGGGGCGCUCCUCGCCGCGCUGCUGGUCUCGGCCACGUCGCGCGCGCCCACGCAGGAGCCUGUGCUGUUUGAGGCCGCGUUCCAAGGGAGAUGCGGUGAAGGCAGUCCAUGCGAGCAGCUGUGUCGCGAACUACAUGACGGCACGUAUGAAUGCGGCUGUGGGCCUGGCUUUGUGCUGCACGUCAAUGGCUACGGGUGUCUUGAGCUGAACGCAACAAAAUCAACAGACUCACCAUCCGACACAGAAGAAGAUGUGUUAUACCAGAAAGAUGUCUCUUUCUCCGCCGAGCUAGAAUUGGCUCCGUCCAAUAGGAAUAAGUCUAUCGUAAGAGAAAAACAUAUCGACAAAUAUACAACAGUAAUACCAGAGAAGAACUAUGUGUACACAGGGGAGAGAAGUAAAGAGGUUGAUGGGCUCAAGAGUCUGAUAGAAGACGGUGUCAGUAAGGUUGAUAUCGAUAUUAUAGCUGGACGGAGUGAGCUGAUUGAAGCGAGUGAAGGGAAGGUAACGACGCUUGGGCCCAGUUUAGAACAGAAGGUGCCAGGUGCGACAAUGUCGCCCCCAUGGACGGCGGCGGUGGAAAAGUGCGACUGUAAUUGUGAGAGCCGCUGUGGCUGCCCACUCGCCAAAUGUAAAACAGAUCUUAAAAUCAACACGCCGAGAUUCUCAGGAGCUUCCUGGCUGGCGCUGCGCGCUUUGCGAGGCGCGUACAAGAGGGUGCGCCUGCGCAUGAGAAUCAGGCCUGAACGCGCCAGAGGAGUGCUAUUGCUGACAGGGGAACACGACGACCUCUCCGGGGACUACCUGGCUAUUAUCCUCAGGAACGGACACGUUGAAUUAAGAUUUGACUGUGGCAGCGGCGCAGGGGUGCUCAGGUCGCCGGAGCCCAUUCGUCUGGGUCACUGGAACACGAUAUCCGUGUAUCGACACAGAUGGGACGCCUGGCUGAGGCUAAAUAACGGGAAGAGAGUCAGAGGAAGAUCUAAGGGCCUCUUCUCCCGGAUGACAUUCCGCGAGCCAGUCUGGGUCGGCGGAGCUGGCAACACCACCGGCCUGAAGAACAAGCUGGGUCUAUCUGACGGUCUGCUGGGUUGCGUGGACUUCUUGCGGAUCAACGGAGACACGUACAAGCUGGUGAAGGAUGCCAUCGCUACCUUGGAUAUUGGAGAAUGUGCCCCUACCCUACCUCCCUGGAAGCCCAACAGCGAGGUCACGACCAGCGAAUCCGUACACCAUCAUCAGGACACUCACGGAAUCUACGACAUUAACGACAUUGUACACUUUGAAGACAAUGACAUAGUCAUGCGUGACUCUAAAACUGAUGACCAUAAUAAGCUAGACAAUUCUAUAGAUCAAUUCAAAAUUUAUCAUGAUAUCAAAAAAGUAAGAUCUGAUUUGGAUAGUAAAAAUAAUGAACUAAGUAAUGAUGUUGACAAUGAUUUGAAAAGUGAUGAUUCUAAGGCGAUGAAAAUGGAUAGAAAUGAUGCUAAAUGUGAGUGUCAACAUGGCGGCGGCUGUGUGGGCGGUGUUUGUCUAUGCCCGUUGGGUUAUGCUGGAGAUAAAUGUGAAAUUACCCUGGAUUUGAAGGUGCCCCGCUUCAAUGGUUCCUCGUACCUCCGGUUACCAGGUCUAGGGAAUUCAGCCCAAGCUUGGCUUGAUAUACAAAUAACCCUAAAACCAACAAGCGGGGACGGUCUAGUGCUGUACAAUGCUGAGCACGCGAGUGGCGAUGGAGACUUCUUCUCGCUUCAUCUGAGGGACUAUUACGUCGAGUUUGCCUUCGAUCUCGGUUCAGGCAUCGCCUUGGUCAGAUCCGCGUACCCCCUCCAACCCAACACAUGGCACCGUGUCUCCGUCAGCCGCUCAGGCAAGCACGCGUCACUCCGCGUCCGCGCCACGUCCACACGUGACGUCACGGACGCGACGCGAUCUGUGACGUCACGCGGCACGGCGAGACGGUUGACGUUACACCAGCCAAUGUUGUUAGGAGGUGCGCCUCAUCCGCUACCAGAAAGGUUGGCACUGAGGAGUUCCUACAGCGGGUGUGUUGGACAGCUGGUGAUAAACGAUGAAGAACUAUCAGUGGUGUCGUCGGCGCUGGGCGGAGUCAACGUGGACAACUGUGAUGAACAAAACAACACAUGCGUCGAUAAAAACCUCUGCAUGGAAAUACUAGAACCGGUACCUCUAUACCCUCAAAAUAUAUUUGAAAACGACGUGCACCAUUCUAUAGUACCAAAGAAAGGGUUCCAUCCAAAAUACCACAGGGUAAAACCGAAGAAACACCCACAACAUAUUCGUAUUGAGAAGUUUAAGAAGAAAUAUUAUCCGACGAAAAAAUACCAAUACAUUGAAGAUAUGAAGAAAAAUGAGGUAACGGAUGGGCCGUAUGACGGGAGGACGUACAUGCAAGUGAAAUAUCUGAACAAUAAUGAAAUUAAUUGGGGGGAUACAAACAGCUAUCCUAGUUUUACUGGCAAAGAUAGCUUUAUACAUAUAGAUGAUGAGGAGACAAUGAAGAGACUGCUGAGCUACACGCUGGACAUCAACAUCCGGUUCCGGUCGGAGGCGGCAUCCGGGCUCUUGGUGUGGAGCGGCCGCGCGCCGCCGCGCCCGCCCGCCGACUUCUUGUCGCUGGCCGUCGAGAACUCCGUGCUCGUGUUCAGAUAUGACCUCGGGAGCGGGGAGGUGGUGAUCGUCGCGAACCACACGAAGGUCGACGACGGGCUGUGGCACAGGGCGAGGGCUACCAGAAAUAGACAAGCUGGAGUGCUAGAAGUGGACGGCCUGGGUUCCGUAGGAAAGGUUUCUCCCGGGAAACUGAAACAGCUGAACACUGAAAACGGCCUUUAUAUCGGAGGCCUACCAUCCAUAGAACUGAACACGAUGGGUAAAUACAAGUCGGGCCUCGUCGGCUGUGUCUCCCAGAUAUCCCUAAGCGGAGAUUUUGACAUCCCUCUCUCUUUGUCCAAACUACCGCACACAAUCACGAACAAUGUAGGGAGGUGCGCGCCAUAAGAGUAGGGCAUUCAUUUGAAUGAACUGAACAGUUCAUUCGAGUGAAUGAUUUGUUGAGCGCUGACUCUCCGGUUCAUUUAGGUUUUUUAUUGUCUAUUGUGUGAGUUAUUUGCUUUUUAUAUAUUCAAUUUUAUAAAAGCACAUGUAAUUGGUAAAUUUCAAUAAUAUACCAGAAUUCCAAAACAGGUAUUUAAUUUAAUACUUAAAAUAUAAAUAGGUUAAUAAGUUAUCAUUUAAAACAAAUCAUUAAUAAAAUGUUACAAAAAAAUAUUCAUCUUGUUUCAUUUGUUUUGUUUACAUAGGCCGAAUAUUAUUCACACGUUAGCAUUUAACUGUCAGAAAAAGCAAAUAACUUCACGACAAAAUUAAAUGAACCGGCUAGCUUACGUGCAUAAUAUUAGUCGUGUUUCAUUCAUUUCGUUCAUUCAUUUUUUAGACCCAUUUAUUGGCACGUUUUCGUUCUCAGUUUGAAUGAAUGACCAAUUAAAUAUUAAUUUAUAACUCUGUACCUACAUAUCAAUGUAAAGUCGGGGCAAUAAUAUUACAAUAUCAAGACGUCUUAUAGCAUUGCCAUAUACAUAAACAAUUUAUACUAAACGAAAUAAGCUUAGUCAAUUUAGAAAUAAGUAUAACGGUGAAUCUUAUUGACUGUCUGUUUUUUUUAUAUAUUUUUAAACUUAUAUAUGUUCGAGUAAUUAAAAAAACCCUGUUUCACUGUUUACUGUUAAAGCAAGUGAUUUUUAUUUGGCAAUUAAAAAUAUCAGAUAAAAGUAAACUAUACGAUUUUUGAAGAUCAAAGUCAACAUUUAUGAAAUGUUUUAUCUGCAGCCAUUAAGUUACAGAUAGUUCUAAUAGGAGCCUUAUCAGCAUCUAGUGAAACAGUUCUAUACUUUCUUGACUAAUUUUACCAUGAACUGUGGAGGUAACUUUUCAAAGUGCUUUACUAUCUAGUAGAUAAUGAGAAAAACUAUGUGUAAUGUUAAAACCUCUUCGCUCGGAACUCACACACAUUUGUGAUAAAAUUCCAACACAAAAUGGCUGAAUUCCAAAAUGGCGGAGUUCCAAACUAGGAGGUUAAAUGAAAUUCUAGUCGUACGAGUGUUCUGCACGCAUCAUUUAGUUUUAUAUAAUUUAAAUGAAAUUAAUAGCUAAUCUAAUCACAAAACUUGUUAACAUGUGAGUGUAUUUUAUAUAUAGUUCGAUAAGUAUACAUAAAUAGCGUUUGUAUAACGGAAUUUUCAUAUGAACGUGGAUUUAGAGAAGUGUAAGUAGCUAGUUUAUGGUUAUUAUAGUGUUUGAUAAAAGCUUUUUAUUACUUAAGUGUGUCCCGAUGUUAGUUUGAUGAUUUAGAUUUAUUUACUUUCUGGGAUAGAUAUAUAUAUAUAAAAUAAACACGCUGUCUUUUUUUUUAAAUAUAAAUAUCAAAUAAGUACCCGAAAAAACGAUUCCUGACAUUUGUGUUUAGGACGUAAUAAGGGAAUAAACAAAACUCAUGAUAAUCUUUACACUCCAUUUAGGCAGUCGUGAAGGAUAAACAGACAUUAUAGCACUGCUUUAGGAAUAAUAAUCAUAGAUUAUAUUUAUCAAGUAGAGUAAUUUAAAUGCGCUUUGUAUGUAUAAAUAAAUAUAUAUUUGCAAUUUGGUUAUUUAAUGAAUGCCAAAAUGGAAUCUUCAAUUAAUUUAAUAAUGAAACGAAACGAAAAUAAAAAAUAAAAAAUGGCAUCUAAAAUCUAAACGAAAAUAAAAAAUGGCAACUAUGAUAGCAUAAUAAAGUUCAUUAAAUAAUCAAAGAGCAAAAAUAAAUAUUUUCUACUUGACCCAUUGGGAUUUCUUUUAAACCCAAUAAUUUUUGUCAAUUACGUAUUUCACAGGGUGUGAAAACUUUAUGGUAUAUGCAUAUCCUGUUUGUGUCACUUUUUCAAUGUUUAGUUCUUAAAACUAUAUGUGUUUAGUUCUAAAAUGUAUUUGUAAAACUUAAUGUUUUAAAUCUAAUACAGCACAUUGCAAACAAAUAUUGGUAAAAAUUACAAAUCAAAUAAAGAGAAAAUAUUAUCUAUAAUUCGAAACAUUCAUUUCAUUCAUUCAUAUUAUAUUUUUUAAAUUCAAAAAAUAUGGACAAUUUAAAUGAAUAUAAAAUAAAAAUAAAAGCAUUAUAAUUUGUAUUUAGCUAGCAAAUUAUAACCAUACAUACAUACACUUUGUAAUAAAAUAAAUAAUUUAUCGUUAAUAAUUGCUUAUUUAAAAUCGAUUUUAACUGUUUUUCAUUGCAGUUUUUACCUUGAAUCCUUCCUUGAAUUCGAGACUCUAAUGGACUGUUAAAUAAUAUGCAUAACUUCAAACUAACCUUGGUGUCUGUGACUGCUUUUUUACAUGUAAAAUACUUGGUUUGAAGUUACAAUUAUAAGUAGAUCUACUUGUGACAUACUUAUGGAUAGCUUGACUAGCAUUAGUUUUGUAUGUGAGACCUGUCCGAUGUAUAAUAAUGCCGUUAUUUGUACAAAAUUAUAUCAAUAAAAUAUAAUUAAAAUG